AGAGAAAUUCCCAUCUCCUCACAGGUCUCAUGGCUGCCUGUCUCCCUCUCAAUCCGAUCUUAUCGUACCAUUGAAAUCAGUUCCCUUCCCCCAUUUCUCCACCUGCCAACGAAAGCGAAAACGAUUAAAAAUACAGCACUCGGGAAAAACGUCAAACCAUCUGGCCAUUCCCCCGAGAAAUCGAGUGGACAGUUUCUUUCUAGUCCGCCGGAAAGGGACAGCCAUUGAAGAAAACUGGAGGAGGAGAGGGCUUCUUGAUUUGCCUUGGUGGAGCCUGGAGGAGAUUUUUCCGCUUUCCCCCCCGCGUUCAAGCUGAAAUCGUUGAUCCCAGGCCACGAGUUUGCGUAUGGUAAUCAAAAGCUCUAAUCUUGGAGGAGGGGCCGGAACCGGGUCAAAAUCGCUAAUCGCACACCAUCUGUUCGAGGAUAUGUCUCAACCGGGGAAAAGAUUGUUCUGUUGGUGAAUUUUUUCCCGUUUUUCGUGGCUCUGGUAUCGUUCUGGAAUUGUAGAGAGAAAGGGACGGAGGAAGAGGGGCUCAUUUUGGCGGUUUGUGUGACGUGGUUUGCUAUUUGCUGUGAGAGUUAACCGGGCACAUUUCUUUUCCCUUCUCUGCUUACUGAAACGCGCCUUUUGUUUUCUUUCGUUCUCCUCUAUAUCUUUUCCUCUUCUUCCUUCUGUUUCCUUUUCUUUGUUUUUCCAUCUUCCUGCUCUCUGCCCACCAACUGCUUGAACAAAUUCCUCAAUGAAUAGCAUCGUUCAUUGGAAGUGGGAAAGUGAAGGCACGGAACAGAAGUGAAUUGGGUUUUUGUUGGGGAAGCCCUGUUACCAUAGAUUUGAUAAGGAAUCGAUACAAUCAAAGCGAUCGCCUGAUCCGCGCUUGUAGAAUCAAAUCAUGGAUGGCCCUUAUGAUGAUCAAGAUGAAGGACGAACCAACUCCAAUCUCCAGAUAAUCAAGUACUCACCAUUCCAGCCCUCCAGAUACUCAUCACCAUGGCUGGAACUCAGAGUCUUCUACGUCAGAAUCAGCAACUUCCAGGUCGAUGGCACAACACCAGAGUUCCUCACAAUCAACCACAUCCCUCUAAGCCCGGACACCCUCCUCGAAGUCAAUGGUGUUAGAAGCAGUAUCUACUCCGAUGGAGCCCCAUUGCUGCUUCGAAGGGAUCGAGUAGACAAGAAAUCCGAAGAAGUCACGUUUGUUAGCACGGAUAGCAUCAGAACUACAGGGAGUGUGAAAUUCGACGUGUUCGAUAAGGAUGAUCUCGUCCUUUCUGGUACUAUGGAGAUGUCCAACAGCAAUGGCUUCACCGGAGAAUGUAAAGGCAGUGUGAAGCGAUGGAGCAUGAAGUGUGAAUCAGAGGGUGCCACUAGCUUCUUGAGAGGGAAACAUGUUAAUGGUUCUUCAGAGAAUACAUCACUCCCGGCCAUAGAAGUCUAUGUGACCGGGUGCUUCUCCGGGACGCCGAUCAUAUUGACCAAGACUCUGCAGCUUAGUUACAGGAAGAAGCAUAACAGGAAGGGGCAAUUGGAUUCGAUUCCUGAGGAUGAAACCACUUAUCCUCAGAAAGCCGAGUCAGCUCACGAUGAUGAUUUACAGGUGGCAGAGUACAGAAGCUACAAACUGGAGAACGAGGAAGAUUACAACUUGUACUGGAGGAGAACAGAGUUUAUGGAUGGUGAAGACGGUGAGCUCUCCUGGUUCAAUGCCGGUGUUAGGGUUGGUGUCGGUAUUGGGCUAGGCAUCUGCGUCGGGGUUGGCAUUGGGGUCGGUCUGUUGGUACGAACCACCCGCAACUUCAAAAGGAGGCUCCUGUGAUUGGACCAUUGUCCCAAAAUGGUUAGCUAGCUAACUUUUCCAAUGGUUUGCAAAGAUGGUUUGGGUUGUCUUCUGACUGCAAGAUUUUGACUAAGAGAGAGUUAGUAGGGCACUGUUAUUUAGCAGCUGACAGAGGAACAGAUAAGACUACCACUCCGUAUUCGUCUUUGUUUUUUCUUCUCUCAUAAGGCCUGUAAUAUUAAACACCCUUCUGUAAGGUAGGAGAAAGUGUUAUAUGACAGACAGUAGUAAUUAGUGUAUGUAAAACCCUUGGAAUUCCAGUCAUUCUAAUUUUAUACACUGUUCAGAACCCUGUAAAUAAAUUCUGGUGUCUUGUCUUUCCGGC